GCCAUUAAAGGAGCAGAGCGGAGAUUGAAUUACUGACUUCCUUCCUGCCAGUGGCUCAUGGGGAAAGGGCUCUUGGAAAUAGAAUCUAGCCGAGAGCAAAUUAAGGUUGCUAAUAGCAUGGCUGCCUCCCGGGCUGCUGGGGGGAGCCCAGCUGAGAAGGGUCAGGGAAGAGAGACCCCUGCAGAGGGAAGGAGCUGCCUGCCGGCCCCUCCAUCCCCAGUACCUUGCUCUUUGUAAGGAGCCCAGACUGGGGACACUGGCCUGAGUGUCCCAGUCUUUUGGCCCUGAGAGGUUUGAUGCAGAGUGGGGGCUGGGAGGACCCUGGGGACACUGAGGCGGAGACCCCUGAAAGGUGUCCAGGACGCCGCCUACCCCAACAGCCUUGAGAAGGCGCCCACGGCCUGCGAGAGGAACCCGAGUUUGUGACUGCAAGAGCUGGCGAGGGUGUGGUCUUGCGAUGCGACGUAAUCCACCCGGUGACGGGACAGCCCCCACCCUAUGUCGUAGAGUGGUUCAAGUUUGGGGUCCCCAUCCCUAUCUUCAUCAAGUUUGGCUACUACCCGCCCCACGUGGACCCUGAGUAUGCAGGCCGGGCCAGUCUCCACGAUAAGGCAUCCUUGCGGCUGGAGCAGGUUCGCUCCGAGGACCAGGGCUGGUACGAGUGCAAAGUGCUCAUGCUGGACCAGCAAUAUGAUACCUUCCACAACGGGAGCUGGGUCCACCUCACUAUCAACGCCCCUCCCACCUUUACAGAAACACCCCCCCAGUACAUCGAGGCCAAGGAGGGUGGCAGUAUUACCAUGACCUGCACAGCUUUUGGGAACCCCAAGCCCAUUGUCACCUGGCUCAAGGAGGGGACGCUCCUCGGUGCUAGUGGGAAGUACCAGGUGAGUGACGGCAGCCUGACAGUGACAUCGGUCAGUCGGGAGGACAGAGGCGCCUAUACCUGUCGAGCAUACAGCAUCCAGGGGGAGGCUGUCCAUACAACCCACCUGCUGGUCCAAGGGCCGCCUUUCAUUGUUUCCCCUCCUGAGAACAUCACUGUCAACAUAUCCCAGGACGCUCUGCUCACCUGCCGGGCAGAGGCGUAUCCCGGAAACCUCACCUACACCUGGUACUGGCAGGACGAGAACGUCUACUUCCAGAAUGACCUGAAGCUGAGGGUGCGAAUCCUGAUCGAUGGGACCCUGAUCAUCUUCCGGGUAAAGCCAGAAGAUGCAGGGAAGUACACCUGCGUCCCUAGCAACAGUCUGGGGCGCUCCCCCUCUGCCUCGGCGUACCUGACAGUGCAGUACCCCGCCCGCGUGCUCAACAUGCCCCCUGUCAUUUACGUGCCCGUGGGGAUCCAUGGCUACAUCCGCUGCCCCGUGGACGCAGAGCCACCAGCCACCGUGGUCAAGUGGAACAAAGACGGGCGCCCCCUGCAGGUUGAGAAGAACCUAGGUUGGACCUUGAUGGAAGAUGGCUCCAUUCGAAUCGAGGAGGCCACAGAAGAGGCCCUUGGCACUUAUACCUGUGUGCCUUACAACACCUUGGGGACCAUGGGCCAGUCUGCUCCUGCGAGGCUCAUCCUGAAGGACCCCCCGUAUUUCACGGUGCUACCAGGCUGGGAGUAUAGGCAGGAGGCUGGCCGGGAGCUGCUCAUCCCCUGUGCGGCCGCAGGGGAUCCCUUCCCUGUCAUCACAUGGAGAAAGGUAGGGAAGCCCAGCAGAAGCAAGCACAACGUCCUGCCCAGUGGGAGUCUCCAAUUUCGCGCCCUGAGUAAGGAGGACCACGGGGAGUGGGAAUGUGUCGCCACCAACGUGGUCACGAGCAUCACUGCCAGCACUCACCUCACUGUCAUUGGCACCAGCCCCCAUGCCCCAGGCAGUGUCCGGGUCCAUGUCUCCAUGACAACUGCCAAUGUGUCCUGGGAGCCCGGCUAUGACGGAGGAUACGAGCAGACAUUCUCAGUUUGGUACGGACCUCUGAUGAAGCGGGCACAGUUUGGGCCCCACGACUGGCUGUCCUUGUCAGUGCCACCGGGACCCAACUGGCUGCUGGUGGACACUCUGGAGCCUGAGACAGCAUACCAGUUCAGCGUCCUGGCCCAGAACAAGCUUGGAACCAGCGCCUUCAGUGAGGUGGUCACUGUGAACACUUUAGCAUUCCCUAUUACAACUCCAGAACCCCUGGUGCUGGUCACCCCACCAAGGUGCCUCAUAGCCAAUCGGACUCAGCAGGGUGUGCUCCUGUCCUGGCUCCCACCUGCCAACCACAGCUUUCCCAUUGACCGCUACAUCAUGGAGUUCCGCGUCGGGGAGCGCUGGGAGAUGCUUGACGAUGCCAUCCCAGGCACUGACACAGAGUUCUUUGCCAAGGAUCUGUCACAGGACACCUGGUACGAGUUCCGGGUCCUGGCCGUCAUGCAGGAUCUGAUCAGUGAGCCCAGCAACAUCGCCGGCGUCUCCAGCACAGACAUCUUCCCGCAGCCGGACCUGACCGCGGACGGGCUGGCGCGGCCUGUGUUGGCUGGAAUCGUAGCUACCAUCUGCUUCCUGGCAGCUGCCAUCCUAUUCAGCACCCUGGCUGCCUGCUUUGUCAACAAGCAGCGCAAGCGUAAGCUCAAGCGUAAAAAAGACCCUCCACUCUCCAUCACUCAUUGCAGGAAAAGCCUGGAGUCUCCCUUGUCCUCAGGCAAGGUGAGCCCCGAGAGCAUCCGGACGCUCCGGGCCCCAUCAGAGUCCUCUGACGACCAAGGCCAGCCUGCAGCCAAGAGGAUGCUGAGCCCCACGCGGGAGAAGGAGCUGUCGCUGUAUAAGAAGACCAAGAGAGCCAUUAGCAGCAAGAAGUACAGCGUGGCCAAGGCCGAGGCGGAGGCAGAGGCCACCACCCCCAUUGAGCUCAUCAGCAGGGGCCCUGACGGCCGCUUCGUGAUGGACCCUGCUGAGAUGGAGCCCUCGCGGAAGAGCAGGCACAUCGAGGGCUUCCCCUUUGCAGAGGAGACUGACAUGUACCCCGAGUUCCGCCAGUCAGACGAGGAGAACGACGACCCGCUGGUGCCCACGUCUGUGGCUGCUCUCAAGUCCCAGCUGACCCCUCUGUCAUCCAGCCAGGAGUCCUACCUGCCACCACCAGCAUAUAGCCCUCGGUUCCAGCCCCUGGAGGGUCGUCUCCAGGCCACGGGCCAGGCCAGGCCCCCGGUCCCCCGGCCUUUCCAACACGGCCAGUAUUAUGGGUACCUCAGCAGCAGCAGCCCUGGGGAGGUCGAGCCGCCCCCCUUCUAUGUGCCAGAAGUGGGCAGCCCCCUGAGCUCUGUCCUGUCGUCCCCACCCCUGCACAGCGAGGGGCCCUUUGGCCACCCCACCAUCCCUGAGGAGAAUGGAGAGAAUGCUUCCAGCAGCACGCUGCCCUUGGCCCAGACGCCCACGGGGGGGCGCUCCCCUGAGCCCUGGGGCCGGUCAGAGUUCCCCUUUGGGGGGCUGGAAGCCCCAGCCAUGAUGUUCCCCCACCAGCUGCAUUCCUGUGACGUCACCGAGAGUCUGCAGCCCAAGGCCUGCCUCCCCCGAGGACUGCCCCCCACCUCCCUGCAGGUGCCCGCAGCUUACCCAGGCAUCCUGUCCCUGGAGGCACCCAAGGGCUGGGUGGGCAAGUCACCUGGCAGGGGUUCUGUCCCAGUGCCCCCCGCCGCCAAGUGGCAGGACAGACCUAUGCAACCUCUGGCGAGCCAAGGGCAGCUAAGACAUACCAGCCAAGGUAUGGGCAUACCCGUGUUGCCUUACCCCGAGCCGGCCGAGCCCGGGGGGCAGGGCGGCCCCAGCACAUUUGGCCUGGACACCCGGUGGUAUGAGCCCCGGCCCCGGCCCAGCCCCCGGCAGGCCAGGCGCGCCGAGCCUAGUUUACAUCAAGUGGUGCUACAGCCAUCUCGGCUAUCACCUCUGACCCAAAGCCCCCUGAGCUCCCGCACCGGCUCCCCUGAGCUUGCGGCCCGCGCCCGGCCUCGCCCAGGCCUCCUGCAGCAGGCAGAGAUGUCGGAGAUCACCCUGCAGCCGCCGGCCGCGGUCAGCUUCUCCCGCAAGUCCACACCGUCCACAGGCUCCCCUUCCCAGAGCAGCCGCAGCGGGAGCCCCAGCUACCGGCCCGCCAUGGGCUUCACCACUCUGGCCACAGGCUACCCUUCCCCUCCGCCAGGCCCCGCGCCUACUGGGCCUGGGGACAACUUGGAUGUGUUUGGACAGACACCUUCCCCUCGAAGGAUGGGGGAGGAACUGCUCCGACCAGAGCCACCCCCACCCACAUUACCUACUUCAGGAACACUUCCACCUGCACCCGGGAAUGCUGCUGCACCUGAGAGGCUGGAGGCUCUGAAAUACCAACGGAUAAAGAAGCCCAAAAAGUCAUCCAAGGGCUCUUCGAAGUCAAAGAAACGAUCCGACGGCCCUGCCUCCCAGGCUCAGCAGCUCCCCAGCUCUCAGGUUCUGUGGCCCGAGGAAGCUGUCUGCCUCCGAAAGAAGAAGAGACACUCUCGUCCUGACCCCUUUGCCCGGCUCUCAGACUUGUGUCACCGCCAGCUUCCAGAAGACCAGACGGCGAUUCUCAACAGUGUGGACCAUAACGAUCCUGGCCACGCUACUCUGCUAUGAUCCAGCCCCACUAUAAGUGUCCCCAGGGCGAGGUGCUGGGCUCACGGGGCAGGGAGGGACGUUGUGCGUGGCGUGUCCUCCUCUGCCCGCCAAGGGAUGGCCCAGACCUGUGUUCUGCGUGCCCUCGCUCCUGUUGGAGGGGGCCUCCUUCUGGAUCCAGCCCUGCUGGCCUCACCUCUGGGACGGGGGGCUGGGGCAGACCCUCCACCUGUGGGUUAAGGUCAGGAAGUGAAUUGGGGACAGGGAGACAUGUGUCUCCUCCCCUCUUCCCCCCUGCUUCACUGCAUUAAUUUUUCUCACCUCUUCCAAUGUCUUUGGAAGUGAAGGAGAGGAAAGUGAUGGCUUUUAUUGCUCUCGGCUUCUGUUUCAGUUUCCCUAGUGCUGGCGGAGGGCUGGAUUUCCAUGCCGUCUCCCAGGCGCCACGUAUAUAUAGAUACAGAUACAAACGCACAUGUGUGUAGUGUGUAGGCUUCGCUACGUGUGUAUAUAUGUACAUUGAAGCAAAGCGCUGUUGCUCGCUGUGGUCAAUGCAGGCAGGAGGACAGGGAGGGCGGCAGCCAGCGGGGUUUGUGAGUGAGGCUGUCCAGAUCUGGCCGGGUGCCUGGUGUCUGUCUUGGGGGAUUCGUCCUCCUGAAACAGGACUCAUGCCUCUCCACCGAGUACACCAUUUGUCGCCUAUCUUCUUCCAGCUAGAGCAGAAAUGAGGCCUUGCAUUGAUUACUGGCUGCUGGCUUGGGGCUUCAGCAGUGAGUUCCUGCAGAACUAAACUCAAGCCUUUAUCUCUUGGUUCCUGGGUGAAGAAAGGGCGGUCAGGCACUCAGCCUGGUAUCUCCCUUCCUUCCAGUUUUUUGGGCUACGUAAGUAGCAGCUGCUUAGCCAUGGGGCCAAAAGGCAAGCCCCCGGUGCAGAGUUCAGCUCAUCCUUCAGCCCCUUUUGGUCCAGCUACCCCCACUGUGGCCCCACUGUGGAGCCACCAGGCUGAGCGCCAGCCUGCCACGGCUCUAUUUAUACCGUCUGUGGCUCUGUGCUCUUGGAGCGCUGCUCCGUGGUGGCUGAUUGGAUCCUCCUUUCCUUUUGUGGGAGCUAAUUCCCCAGAUUGAUUAAUUGCCACUUGUGAGCCGCCUGCGACUCCUUCCCGUGCCUGCUUGGCGCUGCCUGCUCUUCUUGUCGCCCCGGGCUUCCCCCACCCUGCAGACCCCAGCUCCAGUAGGAUGGGUUGCGAUGUAGCCAGGGAGCCUCAGAUUCCCACAUUCUGGGGUGCUCUGGGUCCCCACUGUCUUUUCCCAGUUCUGUUGUGUGGAGCUGCCUGAGGCAUAGGGACGAAGGUGGGAGGGGUGGUAAGUAGGGGUCUGGGCACGACACUUCCUCUGCCAAUGUCCUGUCCUAGUUCCAACUAUUAGCAUCCAGACGCUUCUGUGAGGCCAUCUUUCUACUAAGAUUCAUCUCUCUCUUCCAAUAAGACAAUGGUGCUGCCCAGGAUAGGGCAGAAAGCCUGAGGGUGGGCUGGAGGGUGGGGCUGCUCCCCCACCUCCUCUGUGCAGGAGCCCCCACUUGUGGUGUGGCCUGGAAUAAAGGUAGCUGCCAGGGUCCCUGAGGUGUUUUCUUCUUGGUGCUGCUGUCUUGGUGGGUUUGGCGUCACCCCCCUCUUCCCAUUCUCCUGCUUGGACCUUAGCCACCUCAGAGCACUGGAGGGCUUCUGUGGGUCUCAUUGCUGUGUCCAGAGGCUUGGCCGAAUGACCUAGGUAAGGUGGGUCCUCAGGGGGCUGGGAAGCUGGUCUUUCCUCUGGGCGUCUGUCUAGGGGGUAUGGAUCUUGCUGUAGACAGGCCCUGGUACUUCCUUCCUCGGCCCUGGUGAGCUGGGACCUGCUCCACCCUGAGGUUCACCACAAAAGUCACACUGCCACAUUUCACUUCUGAAUGCACGGGAAGGUGUCACGGUGAAACAGGUGCAUAGGACUGGGCCGUGUGCCCUCGGGUGGAGCCUGGGCCUUCCCUGGGGCAUGAGAACCUACUUGCCCAUUGAUCAGCAGCUCUUGCAGAAUUGGGAAACAGCUGCUCUGGCUGUGUCCUUUCUCCUUCCUCAUGCUGGUGGCUCUGGCACUCUUCUGGGGACAGUGGGAGCAGGCUGACCUGAGAGGGCAGGAUGAGGACACAUCACAGGUCAGCGUGCAGCCCGCGUCUCCCAGGACGGGGCUCAGGUGCGUGGCCCAGGUCCUGGGUGGACUGGGAACGUGGGCUUCAGGCUGUUGGACUUGGGGAUGAAUUCAGCCACCUUUUCUGAGCACUGUCCUAGGAAUUACAGGCUUGGACAUCAGAAAAGAGGAGGAGGAGGGGUGGAAGGCUCUGCUUCCUCGUGGGUGGAGAUCCUCAGACUCUGGCCAUGCUUUCCAGAGGCCCCCAGGACUAACAAAGGUGCCGACUCCCGGUCUGCUCCGCCCUUCCCUGGCAGUGCCCCUUACUCAGCCUGCCAGACCACACGGUGGGAGCUGUGCUUUUUGUUGACACCGGGUGGCAGUUGUGCUGUGCUGUCCCCCACGCCAGGGGGAGGACACCAGGUCUGGCUAUUUGUCAGUGGCCUAGGACUCCUAGUCCUCCCAAGAAGCCUUUCUUCUACGACAGUGUUCUCAGAUGCCAGCAGCCUUCCUGCAGCCCUGGGGAAUGGGCAGAACACAACCCUCUUCCUCCAUGGGACGAGGGUAAAGAUUUCACAGGCACAUGCUUAGGUGCUGGGUGUGAGCACAUGUGUGAUAGUGUUGCCAUGUGCACACGAGGGACACGUGGCCAUUUCUAGGGACCAGUAUCCUUUGCGAUCUGCCUCUGAGACAAUGGCAGCGCCCAUGUCCAGCUUCUUAGGAGUUUGUGCUCCACCCUGUGGGAGAUCCCUCAUCUUCUGGGUACCCACCUUCACAGUCUGGUAGUCUCGCAGUAGAAGGGACUCAGAGGAAAAUCUAUCCCGGCGUCUCAGAUUUUCAUCUGCCUCUUCAUUCUGCGUCUUAGUGGCUGUUUGAGUGUUAGAUGAUUCACAGACCAGGAAGAGGGUAAUGGUGUGAUCUCCGCGCGGCCUGAAAGACCGCGUGUGUAUAGGGAGGGGAGAUGAGUAACAGGGGGAGAAGGUGAAUGCUGUUUCCUGAUUUGCAGGCUGGCUGCCAGGGCUCUGUGACUCUGAGUGGGGUCCUGGCUGGGUUGCUGUGUUUGGCCUGGGCCCAGCGUCUGGUGGUGGGGCUGUGCCUCUUGGCAGCUUUUCUCGAGGAGCUGGGGGUAGGAGAAGCCUUUUGAAAUAAUUCUACCAUCUCAACAGGAAGGAUGCCUUCUUCCCAGCAGGCUGACAGGGUCUGGGCUCCCCUUAAGAAAGGGGUCUGUCUCUGACCAUGCUCUCAGGGAAGGCUCGAGAGGGGUGGAUUGAGCCGAGUGCUUACUGAUAUUUGUCCAUGCGCUCUCUGUCUUUAUUUUUGAUUCGUGAUCUAAACUAUUUGGGGUUGAACUGAUUUCAGUUGCUUUAUUUCUCUGCCCUCUUCAGGGAGAGGGAACUGGGUAAGGUUCAGAUAUGGAAUUUUGUGACUUUCUUUUUGCAGGGAGAGGUCAAGCUUGGCAAAACAAUAGCUUCAGAGGAGAAACAGAGUUCAUGGAGCACUGGAAUGUCUUUGCCCCUGCCCGGGAGCUGAAUCCAGGGCCAAAGCAUAUGUGGCUUCUUCUAAUUCUGUUAGCAAAAUCUUUUGGGGGGCUUGGGGGUGGGCUGGGGGAAGAAUUGUACAUAAAGUACAUUUUAUUACUAUGUAGAGAAACCUAGGAAAAGAAAAGCUAAUGGUUAAUCUUGGGCUUGCUUUGCUUGCAUGUAAAGGAGCUUCUGGGGGGCAGUGCAGGGAAUGUUGGGGAGUAUUAGGAAAGGGGUCAGAAGGUCAAGUGGGUGGGUACACAGGGAGCCCCCAUUCCUAUGAGUACAGCCACCCCAGCUCUCUAUGGAAACUGCAUAUUCCCACGGGGACGUGUAUGCCCAGCCCUACCUCGUGUCUUCUCUAGAGUAAUGUGAGAUCAGGUUCCCUCAGGGUAGACAUGUGGAGCCUUGAAUGGCUGUGUUUAUUGCUUUGGGGAGAGGGUUCAUGAGUUAUCUGAAUGGCCAGAUCUAAGCUGAAUGGGGUUAUGGGUUGGGCAGGUGUUUCAGGAAGGGGAAUUAGAGCUGGAGUGUGGAGGAGAGGCCUGUGUGCUUUGCCGUGGGCCCAUGAGGCUGGGAGGGGUAUAGAGUGUGAGGUCAGGCCUGAAUUAGGAGCAGGGACCCUGGAGUAUGGGGGCAGGACCACGUCGGGGAACAGCCAGUGUGUGAUAGUGUAGCUACCUCUAGGGGGCAGCAUACCCAACGAGGGGUCACCACCAUACAGAAAAGAGUGAUUGCCUGGUAGCAGGCCAAGUGGGGCAUGGUGGCCCUGCAGGGCAUGUUGGGGACAUGUGUGUGUGUGUGUGUGGGGGGGCGUCUACUUGAGAAUAGACUGUGGGGUGGGGUCCCGGCAAGUGGGCCCAGACUGGAUUUUGGAAGAGGUCUUGCUUCUUUGUCAGACUUCUUUGCUUCUUCUCGAAUUAGCCUCAAACACUUAAGUGCCCAAACCAAAAACAUGGACAUCCUUGUAACAUUUUUCCACUUUGUCUGUUCUGGGGGCUCCUCAGACCUAAGGCCCAUCCUAUCACCAGCUCCCUAUCAGUGGGGAAGGAGGAACGGAUCCUUCUCAAGAGCUGCUGGUGUGUUUUCGUCAGACGUAGCAGGCCGCCUCUCUCUUCUUCUAUGACCUGAAAAUGUUCACAGGACAUUGGUGAUGGUGAUGGGGAGGAGGGGUUGGGGCCUGACUUGCCUUUCUCACUCUUCCUUCUUGUGGUAAACAGGCUUCCUUCAGAUCAUAAAGCUAUGCAGUGGCUUCAUAGCUAGAGGAUCUGCCUUCACUUUCUAUUUUUUUGCUAGGUCAAAGUCACCAGUCUAUGCUAAGGUAGGAAGGUGAAAGUUCUGCCCUGAGAUCAGAGACCAGCCAUUUUUCUGCCCUCCUUAACGUCUUCAAAUCUACUUCUUUUUGGAUCAAGAGGCAGAAUUAAAAAUCUCUUCUUUAGAAGAAGUCAGUAAACCAAGGAUCAAAGCCCAGAUUGGACUUCAGCACUCCUACUAACUUGACAUUUGGGUCGGGGGUAUCCAUUACCACCCUUCCCUUCGACUGCCAGUGAAUCCACACUGGCCCAGAGCCUUAUUUCUGGGCCCCUGUCUAUACUUUCAAAAUAGACUUUCAGGAGCAAGUAUAAUAUCCUCAUCAGACAAUUCCUGCAUUAGGUUGCUGAGAAGGUUGCAGUUUUUUCAUGACCUCAUUUUAAGUUGCUGGAAAAACUCUCAGUAGAUUAAAUUAGGUCCAAAGACUCCAAAGACACCCUCAGACUCCAAAGGUUUCUGUGUAGCAGAAGGAAAAAAAUUAAGCAUUAGUGCAAAGGUUAUUAAUGGCUGGCCACACCUUAGAGAAGGAGUCAGAGGAU